AUGGAUGCAGAUCAUGUGGGUGAUAAGAGAGCGAGGCUACUGACCUCUAAAACCAAAUGGAGUGAGAUAGGUGGCAUAACUGCUACUCAGCCAUUCAUCAGUGCCCAAACAGAAAAGUAUAAUCAAGACAGCAUUAAUCAGUGGCAUAGUCGUGUUACUGAUGAACAUGCUAAUCAAGAGAAUGUCCGGGAAUAUGCAGCAUCUUUAUAUGAUAAAACAACUCCGAACACUGUGCAAGAAUUUCUUAGCACACAUCCAGAAAGACCACUUCUGACCUCUGCCUGGAACAGCUUGACAUCUGGAAUUUCAAGCCAUUCUGGACCACUUAGUGCCAUGGAUGCCCUGACCCUCUGGCAGGAUGAUCCAGAGGAGUUGCUGCUGGAUCUGGGCUUCGGUGCUGAGGAACCUGACAUCACAGUGAAGAUCCCAGCACGUUUUAUCAACCACCAGUCCCAGGCCCGUGGCAUCAACCUCCAGGUCUUCUUGGAGGCUCAACAGAACCGCAUAGAUGUAGAGAAUCCAGAUGUCAGAAAUCGAUUUAGGCAGAUAGAGGUGCUACAGCAGGUCACUACAGCCUUCACUUCCUUGGUUGGAGGUGUCGUUCCAGGUGCAGAAAGACCUGUGGAAUCUCAAAUUUCAGAAGAAGCCAGGGUGAGGAGGAAACGUGUUGGCAUGCUCUUCCGGAAUGCAUCCAAGAAGUCGCUUAGCCAACUGGCCAGUUCCCGAGCCCAGCAUCCGCUCUCCCCUUCAUUGGCAGGCCAGUCCUCCAGUCCAGAGCUGCCUGGAGAUGUUCUUGAGAAACGAAUCCCACUGAAACGUGCCAACCUUAGCCCUCUGGUAGAGGAGCAGACCUUUGUCUCAGAAGAAGCUGAAUCCACUGAGACCACUACCCUCCCUCAGGUUAAGAACAGCAGUCCAAAGGAAGGUAGAGAACUGAAGAAUGUUACAUCAGCUAUUAACUCUGCAAGAGGGGGUACAGGAGUGCCAGCAGAGUCUUUUGAGCUGGAAGAGAUCCAGAGUUUUGAUGAGGGAAGCAUAGGAGGAACCUGCACUGGUACUCCUGAUCAUCAAGGUAAUGAGCGGGCAUGCCUCACACGAGUGAGGACAAAUAGCUGUCAGUCUGACAGUAGUGGAUUUUUGGAGGAACCGUUCGUUCCUGCUUGCCCUAACCCUGGACCUGAGCUCAUGAAGGUGCUGAAUGCCAUGUCAGGGGAUAGUACAGAAAACCCACAGAAGAGUGAGGACCUGCAGGAGACAGCAAUCCACUCUUCAUACAUCCAGGAUUCUAAUAAGUUGCUUAAACAGACUGACCCCUCUGCAACAGACUCAAAUAUUGAUAUAGCAAAGGGACCAGCACAUACUGGAAUGAAAACAAGUACAGGAGACACUACAAAGAGGGACUUGCAGGACACUAAUCGAACAGAUCGUUUGGUAAAUAAGGAAGUUGUGCAGAAGGACAUUGUUGAUGUCUGUGUGAGAGAAAGUACGACAUUACAGAAAGACUCACUUGGUCUGUGUGACUAUGGAACCAAUACCUUACAAAGUACUACAUUAAAAAAGGACUCACCUGGUCUAUGUGACUACAGCGCCAAGAGCAUAAAAAGUACCACAUUACAAAAGGACUCAUCCGGUCUAUGUGACUACAGUGCCAAUACUGUACAAAGUAAUACAUUACAAAAAGACUCACCAGCCCUACACGAUUACAACACCAAUACUAUACAAAAUAUCACAUUACCAAAGGAUUCACCAGGUCUAGGUGACUAUGGCACCAAUACCAUACCAAGUACCACAUUACAAAAGGAGUCACUAAAUCAGGUUCUAAAUGACUAUGGUUUUGGGGAAAGUGUCAAAUUUCAAAAGAACUCACUAAAUCAAUCACAUUACAUGGUUGUGGGAGGUGGUUCACAGAUGGAGAAACGGAAAUCGGAUGUUUCUGUGUUUAAAUCGGACUCUUCUUCCACUGACCCAAAAGCAGGUACAGAAAAAGUCCCAUCCUCCACAGAAAGGUACUACGGACGUUCUGUCUCGGUGCAGAUGUGCUCAAACUUGACCUCCCAGAGUUCUCUAAGAGGCAGCAUCAGUCACAGCUCAUUGACAGGGCACAGUCCCACCAGUGAUGUUCAGCUCAGAAGAGUGUGUAUGGAACAGUUAGACUCUGAUGUGACUAAUAACUCGGACAAUGCCCAAAGCACAAACACCCCUACAACAAAGGCACAUACGUUAACAAACCCAUGGUACCCUCUGGAGAGUUCCAAGGGACCACAGUCGAUGUCACUCGACAAGGGCCGGUCUUAUGAGGAAGACACACGGUGGGAGGCAGCACUUUGGUCAGGAGCUCAGAGCUGCAGCUCCUGUGGGUACAAACAGCAAUGCUGCUGCCAGAAUAAGAACAGCAAGAAAAAGCUACACCCAGCCUCCAGCCUACCUUAUUCAAUGGAGGAAUUGAUAGGCAUGAUGAGAUGUAUGUGGAAGUUCCGGAAGAUGUUGGCAGAGAUCGAGGAGAGGCUGGAGGAGGAACAGGAGCUUGUAAAUAGUUCUUUCUCAGACGAACACAGGGAAGAGGUGCAGGAUAUUCUGAAGCUGAGAACAGCUGUCAAAAAAGAAUCUGAAAUGUUUGAACAACAGCUCAAUGAUCUGGUCCAGGCCUAUGACGACAACCUACAAAUGAAGAUGAACAACCUUUUGGAUGAGCAGUCCCACCUGUGCACUCAGCUGAGGUUUACACACCAACCGGGACGCAUCUCCAAAAAAAGCGUGGGCAUUCAGUGCACCUUGCUGACAGACAGCCCCGAGUCAUGUCUCUCUACACAACUUACAGAUGACACGAGGUUAAUUCACAACACCAAAUGGAUCCCUGACAGCAAGGCCGACAAGCUGGAUUUUGUAGGAUUUAUCAAAAACUUAAAGGAUGGGAUCCAUGAACAAUGAUUCGCUGGAAUGAAAAAUUCUUCAACAUCAAGAGAGGAG